CCGUUUCACCUCAAUGCAGUCGAAGGUAUUCAGUCAUGGUAUGGCCAAUAGCAAAAUUGAUUCUUCAACGUGUUGCAUUACUUGUCAAAGAAUCUUCAAGAAGAAUUAAAAAAAGAAGAUCGUCAAACCCCAAAGAAGACGAAAAUGUAAAUUUGCCAAUUUUUCAUUUGGUCACUUUAUUUAUCAAAGAGAAUAUAAGACCAGUUGUAAAUAGAUUUAGUAAAUCGAUUAAGCAGAAUCCUCAGUUUCGUGCAGUCAUUGAAAGAGUUGCACAAAGAUAUAAUUUAAUGAUUUCAAGAUCACAAAGUAUAUUACCAGUGAAACAAUUAUCAGACGAACAAGCGUACGAUUUAGGAACCAAAAUAGUUGGUGAAACAUUAGUAUAUGCAAUUUCUGCUGGACUUCUGUUAGCUGAAUACAGGAGGUCUUCAAAAACUGAUCAAAUCAAGGAAGAAAAGAGAAAUGUUGACAUAGCAACACUUCAAAGAAAAACACAUGAACAUGGAAUGACUACAGAAGAACAAGACACUCAAAUUAAAGAACUGAAGAGAAAAAUAAUUGAUUUAGAGGAAAAAUACAAGUUUAGCAGGCAGAUUGUCUUCCUCUCUUUAAUCAGUGUAAUGUAUAAUGUAAGAAACUGCUUUUAUACUAAACUAAUUGUAAAUGUCAUUAUUUUGUGCCUACAAAGUUUUCUUAUAUCAGUGUCUAAACAACAUGGAAUGAAAUAUCAAUAUCACAUCACUAAAUAGGUUAUGGAAUCGCUGCAGGCAUUUUGUUAUUUGAAUACAACAGGCCUCCAAAAUAUGAUUUGAUCAAAGUAGUAGUGACACAAAUUGUGAAAUAGCACUGCUUCAAAGACAAAAACAAGAAUAUGUAAUUAUAACAGAACAACAAGAAACAGAAAUUAAUGAAUUGAGAAUGAAAAUGUUUUAUUGAGAUGAAAGAAUUUUUUUACAAAGAAAAAUGUUUUCAUCUCUAAAAUUAGAAUAUUGUGUGAUACAAUAUUACUCAUUUAUAUUUUUUUGGGCCUGACUUAACCUUACACAUAUUACAUGUACGAGUGUUAAGAUGAUAUAGAAUCAAAUUAUUAAAUAACCUACCUUUCAAAAUAGAAUAAAAAAGAUAUAUUAUUGUGUAAUCUAUGACCAGAAGUGUGUUAUUCAGAUCAUUUUAAAUAUGGGAAUAAAGCAAUGAAAUUUAAGCAAAAUGUCCGCAAUUUUGUGAGGAUAAAGCAUUUUGAUAUUGAGGUUCUAUAAAGUAAAUGUAAUAGACAUGAGAAACAAAGAAGUAUUUUAACUGAAGUUUACAUCAAUUAAUUUUAUAAUAUUUUUUAAAGAUUUAAAUCUAGAAAUAUUUAUGUAUGAAAAUAAUGCAAAACCAAAAUAAUUUAUACAAUUUCUUUAUAUAUUACUAGUAGUCUCAUGCUAUAAUGAUUUUUCAUCAUUUUAGGUUGCAAAUUUCUGCAAAAAAUGUUUUUUUUUAUAUAUAGCUAUGAGCUUUACAAAUGUAUUUGAAUGUUUUACUGCCAUUUUUAAUGGAUGUUAGUGAUGAAAUCUGUCUGUAUUUUCUGACAAUUUUCUAGUCUUUCGACUUGUUGAAAGGGUAUAUUUGAACCACAAUACUUUUGUUUGAUCAUAAGAAAAUUUAAAUCGUACAUGUGUACGCAAUGUGGAGUCUGAAAUUAUAUUCUGGUGACUUCUUUUUUUGUUAACGAAGGAAUAUCCAUGGGUUAUCUCCUUGUAUCUAGGAUUGAUAGGGAAGAUAACUCUAUUAUUAUUCUUACACAAAUGUUCAUAGACAUUCAUUGAUCAUAAAUCUUGAUACAUGUAUGUUUUACACUUUUGUUUUGCCACCGUUAUGAACUGAAAUUUAUUUGAAAUUUUAACAACUACAUAUGAAAACUAAUUAUAAUUCUUAAUAAGCACCUUUUAUCUGUAAUAUAAAAUAAUGUCUCCCAUGAAAAAAUGUUCGCGGACACUAUUUCAUCAUGAAAUACGGUAAAGGACAGUAUUUCACUAUAAAAUAGUGUCCUUGUCCAUGAAAUUGUAUCACCUCCUUCUUGACAAUAUUUCACUAUAAAAUUCUGUCCAUGAUAGUAUUUCACUGUGAAACACUGUCCUUGAAAAAUAUUUCUUAAUCCAAUUAUGUCUUUCCUAACAGGAAAUUGUGAGUGUUUUUAAUAUUUUAUUUGAAAAGUAUGUGUGUAUUCCAUAAUUAUUUUAUAAAAUAUUUAUGCAAGGUUUGUUUGUUAUUUUCAAUCAAAUAAAACACCUUAAGGUUCCACUAAAGUCAAAAUAUAGGACACUUCAUAAACAUCGAAACUUUGCCUGUAUUUUUCAACCUAUAAUGAGUAAAGUCCUAAACUAUGAGAACAUAUGUUCAUUUAAACAUCCUUAACAUAUACACACUGUGUAAAUUGUAAAUAAACUUGAAAUUGUUAUGUUGUAGCCAAACCGGUUCUUGGGGUGAACACUAAAUUUUCCAAAAAAUCUGGAGGCCUGCGAGACGACUUAAUUUGCUUAAAAUUGGUAUGGACGAAUACUGUUACAUGUAAUAUCAUUAUCCAAAAUAACAAAUGUUUAUAUUCUCCUUUUCAUGAGACAAAUUUCAUGACAAUCCAUCUAUGAAAUAUUGUCUUUAUAUAUGUGACAGUAAAUUUGUAAAAUCAGGGAUUAUGCAUAAUCACUAAAAUCAUAAGUGGUUAAAUAUAAUCCCUGAAAAUGACCAGUGAAUUUACAUAAUCACUGAAAAUAUCAAGAAUUAUUUUACAAAUUCCCUGUAAUAUUUUCAGGGAUUAUCAAUAAUACAAAGAUUCUCUGUUUGGUACAAAUAAAUCAUAUGUAUCACCUCUUUAUUGUUUAAGUGGACAGUUCUCAUUCCUUGUCCAUUUAUCAAUCUUAUUAAAAUGAACAUCUUUUCUGAGAAUAUUCUAUUCAACUGUGUUAAACCACAUUAACUCAUAAACAAAUAAGCUUUCUAAGUUGAAAUUAAUAACACCAGCAUAAAUGCACAGAUCAUGUAACUUGCCGUACAACAAAUGGAUUGAGAGUUUGAGAACAAGGAAUUCGAAUUAAGCAAAGAAAUGCAUCUAAACGUCCAGACACACAAACAAAACACAUGCUUGACAGAUUGAAGACGAUUGUGGAGGAGGCUGAUAUACCGAUUCCGUAUGUUGAUCUUGAAAAGGGAGACCCAAAAAACAUAAUGGCCAUCGUUCAUAAAAGGGCUGAAAAGGAUAUUGCCUGACUACGAAACAUGAAAUUAUGCUUAGAUAAUACACAAGGAAUCAAUUUGAGAUGUCUGAUUGACCUUUUUAGCACCUUCAGAUGUUUCUAAUGAACCCUUUAUUUUUCAUCAAAGUGCAGUAAAAUCAGAUUCAAUAUGUGAAGGUUAAGGGUUUUUUUAGGGGGUGGGGGUUUGCCAAAAAAAAAGGAUAAGCAGAGCAAAUUUUCAAUAGUAAAGAGUCGGGAUGGGGUUUACCAAAUAGAAAAUAAUAGGCAAACAAUAGAAUAAAGGGCUAAAAAAUUAAGAAUAGACAAAAAUAGACCGAAAAAAUAAGAAUAUAGAAUAAUAGUGUGCUAAAAUAUACAUAAUAGAGAAUAAUGAGCAAAAUAAAUAUAGCUUAGAGAAAAAGAAAAAAAUAUCUAAACAAUACAAGAAUAAACAAAUAAGAGAUCCCCAUCCAGACCCUCGUAGUAGAUGUCAUUUAUAUUUACAAUGUAGUUAGUAAGAAUAAAUGAUUUGUAUUAGAAUAUUGUAUAAUGUGCUUAAGAUUGUAAUAUUUAUGUUUCUAAAGAUGUUUAGUUUAAAUUUUAUAGAAUAAAUUGUUUUACUUUUA